AUGGAGCUGCUGCAGGUGCAAGGUCAGGUCUUGUCUCGCAUCCUGGAAGGCAAAGUGAACAAGCAGUUGAACAGUGUGGGCACCAGUCAUAACUCAGAUCUGCCAGCACAGAAAGUGGAACUGGAGGCAACACACUCGGCUUGCCGAUCAUCGUCAGCUGGACCCGACGACAUUCAUAUUCAAUAUAUUGAAGCCAUCAUGAACAUGGAGGAGAGGGUACAGAAAGUCAUAAUGGAGGCCAUCCAAGAACUAAUGCUGCGAGAAAGUUCUCCUGGGAUACUGGUGGGAGAAGGUGAGAUCAGAGCAGACCUGGGACCCGCCUCCUUCCACCCACACAUCAAGACUAUCCUUGAGCAGCUAGAAACAGCCACACUAACCAGAGAUGAGACAAUACAACGAUGCCACGAAUUAGAGCAGCAGAUCUCAGUGAUAAAUGAAGAGAAGACAGCAUUGGCCUCGGAGAAUGAAAAGCUGUUAAAUCGUUUAGAUGCUUGGGAGACUGGUGGUGACCUGGGAACUUCAACUCUCCGUUACAAAGAUCUCAAGAAACAGAUUGAUGGUCUCCAAGAUGAGCUUUACAAGCUAGAGACAUCUCGUGAUGAGUACCGCACGAAGGCAGACUUGCUAGAUCGAGAGAACCAAGAACUGCAGACACGUAAUGAAGAACUGCAACGACUGGCAGAUGAAGCUCGCUCUCUCAAAGAUGAGGUUGAUGCACUGCGGGAGAUGAGUGAGCGAGCAGUAGUGUACGAAGGCACAAUGGAAACUUACAAGAAGAAGCUGGAAGAGUUGAGUGACCUUAAACGUCAAGUUCGCAUUUUAGAGGAGAAGAACUCAGAUUAUGUACAGCACAACAUGGAACUAGAAGAGGAAGUAAAGAAGAGUGGAACUUGGCGUCCUCAGUUAGACUUGUACAAGAAACAAGUUGCUGACUUACACCAGAAGUUGGCAGAGGAAGCCAAGAAGACUGAUCGCCAGAUUUUUGAGAAUAAAAAACUGAUGGAAAAAAUGGAGGCCAUUCUGCAAGAGAAAGAUCGGCUGACCAAGGAACGUGAUGCACUUAAGGAGAACAUCGAAGAGUUGAAAUGUCAUGUGUCAACACUGACCUCACCAGACACUGCCUCCCGCCCUCCCUCUGACCUCUCAGACGUGGAGUUACUGGAAGUGGUUCCUCAUGAAAUCAGAGAGAAGCUGAUGCGACUGCAGCAUGAAAAUAGCAUGUUGAAGCAGAGAGCAGCUGAGGGUGGCAGCCGUGAACAAUUGCCUGUUCUUCAAACUCUGGUAUCAGACUUACAGGAGCGCCAGAAUUCCUUGACUCAGGAGAACAGACAACUAAACCACCGCAUCAUGGAGCUGGAGAGUGAGGUUGAGGAAGCCAAGGCUGCUGUCACAACCCCAGUAGCUGCUGCUGCUGCUUCCAAGAACGUCGAGGGUUCCUCUGUGAGGCUGAGCAGUGGAGAAGCCAGGAGGAUAACUGAACUGGAGACUAAACUGACACAACAAUGUGAAAGGAUUGUCUCACUGGAGGAGAGUCUGGCAAAGAAGGAGAACGAGAUGGGAGCCAUGGAGGAACGUUACAAGAAAUAUCUGGGUAAAGCCAAGUCAGUUAUCAAGACACUGGAUCCCAAGCACAACCCAGCUCUCAUUCCUGAUGUAUCAAAUCUAAGGUCUACUAUCCAUGAGAAGGAACGGAUUAUAGAAAAUUUGGAGCGUGAGUCAGAGAAGUCAAAGGCAAUCCGUGACUUGGAGGAGAAGUACAUCACCACCGCCUUCUAUAAUUUUGGUAUGCAGAUGCACCGGCAGAUGAUUGGGCAGCGGUUGUCAACCAUGGACCAGGGCCAGUCCUUCUUAUCCCGCCAGAGACAAGCAUCAACUAGACGUGUGCCCUUGGGUAGCAAUAUGAGCAACAGUGAAUUUUAUGACUAUUAGUGGCAGCGAGUGUGUGGUGUCCGCUCCGUCCCCUGCAUGACAUACUCCGUCCAGCAGUCAAUUUGAAGACAUGAAGAUCAGCUGACUUUAACUUAUAAAAUAUAUCAUAUAUACACCUUGUAUGUAGCUUGAGAGUACAAGACCUAAAUUGGAUUCCUUCAAAUAUUAAUAUAUAUAUAUAUAUAUAUAUAUAUACAGUGGACCCCCGCAUAGCGAACGCCUUGCAUAGCGAACAUUCCGCAUAGCGAACGCUUUGAUCGCUAAAAUUUUGCCCCGCAUAGUAGACAAAAACCCGCUCAGCGAACUUCGUCCGAGACGCGUCCAAUGUGCGGCCUCAGCCAGCCUCACAUGUGCCGCCUGUCCCAUUGUUUACCAGCUAGCCUCCGCGGUAACAUUCAAGCAUACACUCGGAAUAUUUCGUAUUAUUACAGUGUUUUCGGUUCUGUUUGUUGAAAAUAAGUGACCAUGGGCCCCAAGAAAGCUUCUAGUGCCAACCCUGUGGUAAAAAGGGUGAGAAUUAGUAUGGAAAUUAAGAAAGAUUUUGAAGGGUUUGGGGCUAACCCUGAGAAGCCUAUGCCAGUUGUGGAAUCCAUUGUGCCUACUUCAAAAAUUAAGGAAAUGUGUGCACAGUGGGUUGAACUGCAAACCUUUAUGGAUGAAAAUCACCCUGACACAGCUGUUGCAAGGCGUGCUGGUGACUAUUUCAAUGACAAUGUUAUGGCCCAUUUUAGACAAAUCGUAAAGGAACGGGAGGUACAGAGCUCUAUGGACAGAAAGAAGUCCAGUGACUCUGAAGCUGGUCCUAGUGGCAUUAAAAGAAGAAGGGAAGUAACCCCGGAAAAGGACUUGCCUCCUCAAGUGUUAAUGGAAGGGGAUUCCCCUUCUAAACACUAACACUCUCUCUCCCCUCCUCCCAUCCCAUCAAUCAUCACCAGAUCUUCAAUAAAAGUAAGUGUCAUGUAAUUGUGCAUGCCUUUUUCAGUUUGUGUGUACUAAAAUUAACAUUUUUUUGUGGUAAAAAAAUUUUUUUUUCAUACUUUUGGGUGUCUUGCACGGAUUAAUUAUAUUUCCAUUAUUUCUUAUGGGGAAAAUUAAUUCGCAUAGCGAACAUUUCGCAUAACGACCAGCCCUCUUGCACGGAUUAAGUUCGCUAUGCGGGGGUCCACUGUAUAUAUAUAUAUAUUAGACUGUCACUUCACCUUAGGUUUACAAAGAUAUCUCUUACACGUGAGUAUAAUGUUCACACACAUGAGUAUAAUGUUCACACAUGUGAGUAUAAUGUUCACACAUGUGAGUAUAAUGUUCACACACGUGAGUAUAAUGUUCACACAUGUGAGUAUAAUGUUCACAUGUGAGUAUAAUGUUCACACACGUGAGUAUAAUGUUCACACAUGUGAGUAUAAUGUUCACACACGUGAGUAUAAUGUUCACACAUGUGAGUAUAAUGUUCACACAUGAGUAUAAUGUUCACACACGUGAGUAUAAUGUUCACACAUGUGAGUAUAAUGCUCACAUGAGUACAGUUUAGUAUGAAAAUAAAAUAGGUCUUAAUGUCACUCACUCAGCACUACCAAUGUAAUAUUUACAAUUGUUAACUUUACCUUUUAACUCUGUACAUAAGAAUGUUUUAAAACUAUAUAUUUUAAUAUCCAAAUAUGUUGAAAAUUUUAACAAAAGCAAUUUUACCCUCUCAUUUUUAUUUUCCAAUUGGCUGAAU